AUGCAUCUUACCAAGACCCUGCUGGCGAUUGCCAUCGUUCUAGUCGCCAGCAGCGACAAACUCGCUACUGCUUCCAAGAAGACCACUGCUCAAAACGGCCUCUACGCCGACAUCUACAACGUCGAAGACGGUAUCGCCACGACCAAGAUGCGCGUUCCCCUUGGCGACGUUAAUCAGUACAAGAAGUCAGACUUCAAGAACCUGAAGAAAACGCUGACGAACCAGGAGGAACGAGCUGCCGUUCAUCUUCCAAAAGGCUUCAAUUCCCUUUUUUCGGGCCUUGAGCGUUUUCUGGGCUUCUUCCGGGGCAAGCGUCGGCUUCGCAUCGAAGAAGUGUAA